AUGAAUGACAUCGAGACAGGUCGUGUAGACAUCCCUAACGAUCCAGAUGCAAUCAUCGCUUACGUCAAAAAAACACCAGAACUUGCCAAAAAUGUUGACGAUGCUAUGGAUUUGCUCAUGGAUAAUCUGAGCGAAGUCAGCCCAACUACCAGGGAUGUUUUCCAAAAGUGGUGGAAGAGAAUCUUUGCCGCAGUUUCCGCACCUCGUGCGCAAGUUGCGAACCAAAUUGCCAGAGUCAUUUCUGACUUCAAGACAGCUUACGAUAAGGCACCCACAACAGUCAAGAACGACGUCGCUAAGAAAUGGCCUGAGGCCUAUAAUCUGCUCGAAUCCGAUUUCGCUGGCAACUUCGCCGCUGCAGCAAAGAAAUUCGCUGACGGCGGUCUUUCAAUGGACGUCAGGAUUCUCACUGCCGAUGCCGACUACCCACCAAAGGCUCCCAAAAUCAAGAUCAACAAUCGCGCUAGCCUCUUCGAUGAUAAUCUGGAUUUCGAGUGA